AUGGGGUUAUUGUGGUCUUCGUCGUUCUUCUUCUAUCUGUGCUUCGCCUCGUUCCUCGUCGCGUCAUCGGCCACUCUCACCGUCGCGCCUUCGAACAAUUCCCUCGAUCUGGACGGGGCGCAGUCCCGUCUCUUCCUCGUCCGGGGCUCCGAACUCAACCAGCAGCCGCUCGCCCCGUUGACCGACUCCCUCCUCCAUUUAACCGACAGUGCUCUCAGGACCUUUCAGGCCAGGGGGUCGUUCGUCAAAGUCACCGCCGACAAUCCCUUUGAGUUACAUAGUUCCCAGAUCGCCUGCAUCUCGUGCGAUUCGGCGGAUUAUUCCGGCGAGUUAGGGCCUGGCGAUACCCUCAACACCGUCGCCAGUCAGAACCAGGCGGCGGCCAUUCUGCUGUACAGUUCAUCCGCCUCGCAUUGUACCCUCCGAGUCUCUUCGGAUGAUCAGCUCGACUACCGCAACAUCUUCACGUUCAACGCCUUACGCGGUGGAGCCGCUCUCCAGAAAGCAUUCGGUACUCCGACGAACAACACCGCAUCCAUCGUGUCCAUGUCGUUUCCUUCCGGUAACACCGACGGCAUGACCGGCGGCACCAGUGACUCUGGUGAUAGCCCCAAUACAGCCAUGAUCAUCCUGUAUAGUAUCACAGGUAUCAUCACGGCUCUGUUCCUGGGCAUUAUCAUUACGGGUGCCGUCCGUGCCCACCGUCAUCCCGAGCGAUAUGGUCCUCGCCGGGUAGCAGGGCGACCACGACAAAGUCGAGCAAGAGGUAUAGCCAGGGCGAUGCUGGAAACCAUUCCGAUCGUCAAAUUCGGCGACAAUGAGGACGGCGUCGCAGCCGCCAAACGGGACGUCGAGAUGUCCAUGCAUCCGGAGAAUCCCGCCCGCGAGCACUCGCCUCGCCGUUCCGACAGCAUCUCCGACGCCGAGCAUACCACGACCCCCCGCGAGACCGAGAUGCCGACUACUGCCAGCGAUCAGCCCACCGAGCAGCCGACCGCCGCGGCACCUGCAUCCAAGCCCGACGCCGCGGCUGACGGCGGCAACUUUUCCUGCCCCAUCUGCACCGACGACUUCAUCAAGGGUCAAGACCUACGUGUUUUGCCCUGCAACCACCAAUUCCACCCCGAGUGCAUCGACCCGUGGCUGAUCAACGUGUCCGGCACGUGUCCCCUCUGCCGCAUCGACCUCAACCCACCCAAGACAGACGAGAACGGCGAAGAAGGCGAAAACGCCGAACAAACCGAGGAGACACCGGCCGAAGGCACGACCACGUCCGCCGCCGGGGCCUCCCAACCCCGUCACAACCGCCUGACAAACUACUUACAUGGCCACGGCUCGCUCAACGCCCGAGGCAUGCGCCACGCCACGGUCGAAGAGCGCCUGGCAGCUCUCCGCCGCGUCCGCGAGGAGAACCAAGAGACCAACGAGGAUGGCGUCCGUCCCAACCGCACACGUCUAACCACGCGUCUGCGUGACCGAUUCCGCAUCCGCACGCGCCCCCACGGCGUCAACUCUAGCGCCGAGACGAGCGGGACCUCGACACCGACCGUGCCGCCGCCCGCACACACUGCACCAACCACUGACGGUGAAUCGCGAACGUGA